GGGAUUGCCCAGCGAUGCGUCUAGGGGUAGAUUGCAUAUUGACAAGCAGCAGACCCUUGCAGUCGCUGGGAGACACGUCCAAUCCAGUAGGUGCCUUUGCCACGGGGAGGGACCUUCGGGACGCAGUAGUCAUCCGUACCUACCUACCUUAUGGGAGGUGGGGGGGCCUGGUUGGUGAGAUGCCCGCUCUGGCCCUGGCCUGCUCUCUCCUGCGCGACAACAAACUAUUGAUGCCAUGUCAACGUUGUGCAUCUGCUGACACGAAUACCUGCAUCCGUUUGCCAAUCUUACAGCAUACGCGAAUGCACUCGCUGCAGAGACCUUGUGGAUACCACCUCUGGCGAGGACGAGGACACAGACGUCUUGGUCCACGGUAUCGCGGCAAAACCGGCUUCAACGGCAUCUCGCAGCCUGAUCCGCCGACUGGAUUCUGGUAUCCAACCAAACAACGCCAGGAUUCGUUCGCGCAUAUGGCCAUCCGUCGAGCCUCCUCCAUCACCAGUCUCCGGGCGACCGCUCUCGCUUCAUCACGCGCUGUCAGUCUGAAAAGGGAGGCUCAUCUGCUGUUACUACACGCAUAAUCGUUGCCAAGGCGCCAUUGUACUGUCAACCACCACCCCGUUCUUUCUUGCAACCGGAGCCCGGCUAAAAUCGGACAAAGCUGAAAGAUAGGCCUGCAGCCAUCGCAUGCAUGAGGCGUCUGUCAGAAGAGCAUCCGAUCGAGGCAAUGGCCAAAUUGCGGAUGGGGACGCCACCGCAAUUGAUUGUCAAGGCGACCAAAGCGUGGCUUUUGCUAGUGGAAACGAACUAGCGUUUUCCGUCCUGUUAGGGAAAAUGAAGAGAUAAAGGGGCUGCUGGAGUGGCAGAUUGCCUAUUACACUAUGGGGGAUCGGAAACCCCCGCGGUUUUGCGUUUCGAGUCGCCAACGGUUGUGUUGUUCGGAAUCGCACGACAAGACAAAGAACGACUUUACGACUUUCCGACCGACCAAAACCCGACAGCAUGGCCAACCCGCGGACGAUAAGGCUGAAUGGAGACACCCCAGGCUUAGCCAUGCGAAACAUUCCGCUGCCGUGGGUACACAGAGAGGAGCAUAAAGAGGGCCAUAAUCAGGGUUCUGUGGCUAGCUUGUCACAACCCAGUUGUACGGGAAGCCGACCGCCGACUCAUGUUCGAAUGCGCUGUUCCGCGGUCCGACGUUGUACGUUAUGUGAAGUGCUUGACGUCCUUGGCAUGAAAAUUGUCUUCUCAACGUCGUGGCUAUGGGAAUCGCCAUUCCAUCUUACAGAGCGCUGCAGUGCAUAUCCAUCAGCUCCUCAGAGUUGGGCUUUCGUGGACGACAGGGACCGGAAGCUCGGUGCCUGUCCCGAUAGAUGCGGGGCCGGCCGAUCGCCCAUCCCCGGAGUUGCCGCGUUAGUCUCGGGUCGGAUCGCCGAUAUGGCAUUCCGUGUAAUUCACAGCGUACUGGUACGGCCCGGACACAGCAAUCAAAUGCUCGAUCUUCCCAGAAAACCAUGACAGCUUCCUGCAGCCACCCGAACGCCCGCUGCACAGACGCCCCAACCAUGAACGCUAGCUCUUCAGAGGCAGUCCCAUACAGGGCAAUACGUGUUCACAGCAGGCGACUUUAACUUGGCAAUCGUACCUUUGAACGACCGGCAUUCUCGGGGCGAGCAGGUAUGACGAGAGUGAAGGAACGCGGACCAUCCACCGCUUCCCGGCCGUGACCCAACCGCUACGACGUCUACAACUGAGCUGUGCUUGAAGGCAAUGACAUAAUGCGCCUAGUAUGAGACAGCCAAAUGCAGCUUGACGUCUAGUUACGGCGACUCGGCAGCCUGACUCCGAGACAAACGGGGAGGGAAGCACGCAC